AUGGCAUCGUCAUCAAAUCGUGAAACUUCAGAAAAAAAAGCUAAUGAAGAAACUGUUAGUGUUGAAACUUUAAAUAAACCAAAACAGGUAACUAUUGAUGAAUCUAAGAAAAAUACUCAAAAUGAUAUACGUAAAUUAAAUAAUGCACCUGAAUUAUCUCGUACUGCUGUAGAUGAACAUGAACUUGAAACUGAUCAAUUAGCAUUAUCAACAUCUGAUGAAAAUAUUCUUAUUUAUGAUACAACAAAAUUUAUUCUAUUUAAUAAUAAACUUAAACAAAUUAAAGAACUUGAAUGGAAAGAAUAUGAUCCAUCAGGUAUAUUAACAAUUGAUGAUCUUACAUAUUUAUCUUGUCAAAAUUCUUAUCUUAUUUUAACUCGUAGUUAUAUUUAUGAAUUAAAUAUUGAUAAAUUUGAAAUGAAAUUAAUUGAAGAAUUUAGUAAAAAAGAUAAAUCUGGUGAACAUGAUUUGGAAUUUAUAUCAAUAACAGCUCAUGAUGAACAUAUAUUUAUUGCAUAUGCAGAUGCAUCAGCAAUUACAAAAUGGACAUGGAAACCAACAUUACAAUUAGUUAAUCGUUGGACAAAAUCAAAAAUUGUUGAAGAAACAGAUCAAAAUAUUUUAUCAAUACGUACAGAUGGUUCACAUGUUGGUUUACUUAUUAAAGGUGAUAAAAUACGUUUAGAAGUAUUUGAUUUUAAUUUAGCAACACGUAUUGUACAUCAUCUUGAUGUGAAUAAUACAGCAAUUAUGUUAACAUCAUUAGCAAACAAUCAAUGGCUUAUUAUUGAUAGUCAACAAAAUCAAUUAUUAUUUAUUAAUGAAGAUAAUAAAAUAGAAAAAAGACAAAAUAAAGAUAGUUCACCAUUGAAUGCUGGUCGAUUAGCAAAUGAUUAUAUUGUUGUUAAAUGUCAAAAACCUAAUAAACUUCAAAUAUUUAAAUUGGAUUGA